AUGGUGGAGAUGAUCUCUGCUCGUCCGCCUACACCCCCAAGAACAGCUUCGCGCAUCGUGAUUGACAACACCGAGUCGCCUCUGCCUGUUCAAACGCCCAAGGAAUCGCCGUUCUCGACGUUGGGAUCGGUUGGAGCCGGCCCCUCCAGUCGAAGCUCGAAGAAAGUGAACUUCUCGCCAUGGCCCAAGUUCAUCAAACCGCCGUCCUUUACUAGUGCCUUGACGUCGGCCCCCGACACGAACAACACCCCUUCAUCCACGGAAUCCAAGCCUACGAAAUCGAUUUUGAAAGCUACCCAGUCACCAAUCCCCGUUUGGUCCCCCAAUGUCGAUACAUUCACCGCCGAAUCGCUCGCCAUGCUGCUCGAAUCAGUCAUCCAACAACUGGCUGGCGAGUCCAUCAGUUCUCGCCUCGAUGCCUACAUGCAGUUCUUUGGCGCAUUGCGCACAUAUGACGGUCUUCCAGCUGGUCAGGAGAUCGCUGACAAGCUCAAUUUGAUCACCGAGUUCAUUCAGCGAGAUGUAAGCCGGGAUCUUGCAGACGGCCUCCCUCUUGACACAAACCUUGCCAAUCAAGCUCUCAAGUUAUCGGCUGCUUUUGUUUGGCACGCGCAGAUCUCGACACAGCUCUCGGAGGAGUUCAAAGUAUUCCUGAUAGACCACUCCAUCUCUUGUCUUUAUGAGGCCAAGGUACCCAAAUCCGUUUUGACGCACUACAUGUCCAUACUCUCCACUCAAAAUUUCGGCCCCAAAGUUAUGACUACUGCGCGGGUUACCCGUCUCCUGGCUGUGCUGCAAGACAUUACCAAGAAAAUCAGUGGCAAUGCAAUCGUUUCCUACCGAUUGAACAUCUACCAACGACUGAUGGGCCAAGCUAAGUCGACUUUCAUCUCACAAGCAAGCUUGUGGGUUGAACAUUUGAUAUUUGGAUUGCUUCACCAUUUGAAGGACACCAGGUCAAAAGCGAUCGCCUUUGGUUUUCAGGUGACCAUGGAAGCCGGUCCGAACCCAAUACUGUCGAAAAACAUCCGUGAUCUCUUCGACCGGCCACUAGACCACGACCGAAAACUUGUGACGGAGGUUCGUGAACGCAUGACUCGCAUGAUGCCAUCUGUGGAGAGCGGUGUGCACAUCCCCCAGAUUUGGAGCAUUAUCGUUCUGUUUCUCCGAAGCAAAAGAUGGAGUCUAGAGCAAUGGGACCAUUUCAGAGAAUGGGUUCUAGUUCUCCAAAAAUGCUUUAACUGCAGUGAACCGGCAAUCAAAGCACAGGCUAUUCUCGGAUGGAAUCGUUUUGUCUUUGCUGUCAGCCCCAACGAAUCGACGAGUCGUUCUCUGCUCAAAAUGCUGGGAAAACCGGUGUUAUCUCAAUUCGACCGCAAGAAGACAGACAAGUUAGGGUUACCCCCCUCUCCGUUGGCUUUGGCCAGUUAUUGUAACUUACUAUACUACACCUUCCGCCCUUCGGCUUCUUUUCGACAUCUGGAUAUCAUAUGGGAGGAAUAUGUGGCUACUCCGUCUGCGGGCAUUUUCUCAUCAGCUCCAGUUCUCAGCGACUCCCUCGCGCGCAUAUUGACAAACUUGCUGUGGAGCGCCCAGCCCAAGCUCUGGACAGAAAAUCGCAUCAAUGAGUCCACCAAGAUAGAAGCGGAGGAACUUCCUGCGGCCGAUAGCAGAUGGGUUCGAUCGAGAAUCACUCCAAUCCUGAGGGUCUUUGAGCAUGUUUUCAAAGCUUCGGUCUGGGAUGAUGACGCAGUGGGCCAGUCCCACGUGGCAUUGGCCUGGACGAGUCUGUCCAAUGCUCUAUCGCUUGCCUCUAGCAAAGAGAUCACUCCCUCUGGCGAAUCAAUGCAAGCUGCUGCCAGCGUUUGGGGUUUAUUGCGUCGCGUCUGGGCCACGGGGCCUUCCUCUUUGAACGCCGAGACAAUAGAUCUUUUCUUCGGGAGGUUCCAGUUCUUAUCCACGACAAUGAUUGUUUCCAUUGGGGGUAUUCCAUUUACAGAAAAGCUUCUCUUGAGAAAUGCGGAGGAAGCCGCGAAUACUCCCGCAAACCCGCACCCAAACACGUCCCCGGAAAGCCCCAUCAUCCACAUGCUUCGACUCAUCAGUAGCACCGCAGUUCCAAUAUCACCAAACCAAUCCUACCUACGGCUAGCUUUGGGUAGUAUCGAAGCUGCAUGCAACGGCAAAGUGACCCGUGGUUCCCGUCUCGAGCUUCUUCAACAAUGUGGGGAAUUGAGCGCUACGAGCCCCAGCGGCAGUCCCUGUGCACCUCACCUGUCGGCAAUGGUUUGGAGUGCCACUGCUCAGGCAGCCGCAAACGCUUUACAGUCUUUCCCUAUCGAGUCUGCACGUGAGCGCGAUGGCUCUGUGUCUCGAGACUAUGAAAAUAUCAUCAAGAUUUUGUCGUUCGGCCUUUCGUUCGCCUCCUCUUUCCAGGAGUGGUCUCAUUUGCUUGACUCAUUUGUUCGCGUGGUUCGCACAGAAAAGGGAAACCAAGCUGUCGCCAUAACGAUUGUGGAACCCAUGGCCGAACGCUUAAUGCAUGUUUCUGCUGCCGAGACAUAUCUGCCCUCAACUUCACUCCUUGGUCACUCCCUCUCUAUCCCUUUUCUGCAAGGUUCUGGGCUAGGGGUUGAUCGUGAUGGCACCCGGUCAGGCGAUAAUCAUAUUUUCCCUCACAAACUUCUCGAGUCGAUUGCCCAGACACUGCAAGGUGCAUACGAAGACUUCCACUCAUCAACUGCCCACGGUCUUGCCGAAUUCAUCGAGGGACUGACUUCUUUCCUGGGUUCUGGUAUUGCGCAGUUCCAAUGCCAAGUUCUUGAGUCUUUGCAAUUGUCACUGGGUCUGUGGUUGAAAGAUGAAUCUCGCAAAAUCAAUCUCGAUUGCGGUGUUGACAGCAGGAUACUGACAGCGUGUCGUGCUCUCUCGUCGGCCACGCUCAAUAUCCUGCAAACCGCGGUGUCCCAUGAUUUCCCCUCUUUAGUGAAAUUCGAACACAUUCUCUGUGCGGGCUUGGAGUCCUCGCACAUGUCGACAACCAAGAGAUAUGUCGAGCUUUGGGCUAUGACAUUUGCUCCACUGGCUUUUGUCAGUCCAACCGCCAUCCUACAGGCUGUGCAAAUUUCCGAGUCUCGAGUUCAGAGUGCAACGUUACCUGUGCAAGGGGGUGAUCAGGCCAUGGGGAUGUCGGCUCGGCCCAUUUCACCGGACGCAGUUGAUCAUCCGGCUCAAGCUCAAGACACCCAGCUUUCCUCGCCGGUAAGGCAGAUCCAAGAUUCCAUGGACUUCAAGGCGUCUACGCGGUUGAAUGAGCCCCAGUUACCAGACACCUUCCCGCAGCCCACGGAUGCGCAGAUCGUUGAUGGUGUUUCUGCAUCAUACAAGCCCAGAGAUCACCGUGAAAUAUUUUCGAUGAUUGAGUCUAUUCAAUCAUCGUCACCGGCCAGUACACCACGGAAGUUAGGUUUUGAUACGCCUACUCAGUUACGCAAAAUACAUGGGGAUCCUCUUGCCGAAAUUCCUCUGACGCCGACCCUCGCCCCUACUGAGAAUGACGAAGGAUUCAUUGGCUCAUCUCCCACGCCUGGAACCCGAGACCCGACACCUGCCACGAAAUCCAAGGCCCUCACCUUGAAUCAACCUCAUGGAGGCCUGGAAAUUGAUCCUCCAUCCUCUCCGCCUGAAAUCCACUCACGGAGCCCCAGCCCUCGCAAAUCCCUCACGAAGAGUGCACGGAGGAGGGCGGCGAAGGCAAAAAAGGCUCUUGCGAGUAAUCAGUCAACAGUGAACAGCCCAGCUACUUCCCGCCUCGCUACAGAAAACACAGACACUCCUAUGACUGAGGCUCAUGAUCAAGACCGCAAAAAUUCCGACGUUACACCUCGAGCAGAGGGAACAACACCCAGUCGCGGUCUACGGUCUGCGCUCGGAGAAGACCGCCCUACGACAGAGCCUACUUCAGCACUGGGUGACCCUGACAAGACGCCAGUCCAACAGCCUACUCGCAAGAACAAGUCGAUCUCAAACUCAAGUUCCAAGAAGAAACGAAAUCAAGGCCAUUCAAAGCCUGGCGACGAUCAACCUGAACAAGCCAUUCCGACACCCCCCGACAAUAUUCCGGAUAGUGUCAUGGACUCAAGUGAGGAGACCGAGUCGCAAAUCGCAUCUCAGCUUGGACUGGAUUUGGAACUAGCUGUGGACAGGAGGGGUUCCGCAGACCGAGCACAGCCAGCCGAGAAAUCACCCAUGAAGAAGAGAAAGCGAGACGAGGAUGCUCCUUCGUCAAAUAGAACAGACAGGCGCCGGUCGAUGCGACUCUCCGCCUUCAAAGAUGGGGAUGAUGUCGACUCAUCACAGCCCAUUGAUUCACACUCGCAAUCUGUCAAUUCUCAGCCCGUCUCUCCGGCUAAAUCAUUGUCGCCGACUAUGACUCGCCGAUCCACCCGCAGUUCCCAACGAAAAGAGGCCGAUGAUGCAUCUGCAGACUCGCUCCCUGCAACUCAGGGAUCUGCUGCACCAGAGCCUACACAGGAAGCUGAGACCCCGCGACCGUCAAAACGACCUCGCAAAUCGCUGCGUCUGGAUGACCAGUCCAAUCCCAAUUCCACGGUCAACACCCCUCAAAGUGUCGCUCGAGGAACGCGCUCCCGCAAAACGCGGUCUCAGCAACCUGUGGUGGAAGUUCAACCAGCAAUCCCAAGUACUGUAUCCGAAGACCAUAGCGAUAGCAACCACUUCCCAUCUCAGCCCGAUCUUGACAUCGGCAUUGUGCCUGAGAGCGUCAAUACAGAAGACCGGGCGGAGCAGAACAUCCCUCUUGUCUCUACCGAAGAAGCAACUCCCACUCCUGGUUCCGAGAUGGAGAAACUGGUCGGAGAGGCGAUUAAACCAGAUCUUGAAAUGGAUCUCGAGGUGGAUGCUCCACAGCAAUCCAGCGACAAAGUCGAGCAAAACACAAAUGUUUCCACGACGGGCACCCAAACCCAAGAAACGCCCCCCGAAAUAGACAUCAGCGAAGAAGGCGUCACCAAUUCUCUGGAGAAAAUCCUGAGUGAAAUGAAACUGGCGUCAAUUGGCCCCAAAGCUUUCCGCGAAAUCGAUGAUCUUCUUUUCAAACUUCGUUGCGAAGCGCAGAAUGCAUCGAUGCGACACAAUACUUCAGCAUAG